AUGCCGGACCUGCCAGGAAAAACGCGGCUCCAAGGAGAGGUGGUGGCCUUCGACUACCAGAGCAAGAUGCUGGCGCUCAAGUGUCCCUCAACUAGUGGAAAACCCAACCACGCUGACAUUCUCCUGCUUAACCUGCAAUAUGUAUCAGAUGUAGAAGUGCUGAAUGAUCGCACGCAGACUCCUCCUCCUCUAGCGUCUCUCAACAUCGGCAAGUUGGCAAGCAGAGCUCGAUUGGAAAAGGAAGAGAAAAUGAGCCAGGCUUAUGCCAUCAGUGCUGGAGUUUCUGUGGAUGGACAGCAGUUAUUCCAGACUAUUCAUAAGACGAUAAAGGAGUGUAAAUGGCAAGAAAAAAAUAUAGUAGUUAUGGAGGAUGUAGUUAUCUCUCCCCCAUACCAGGUGGAAAAUUGCAAAGGAAAAGAGGGUAGCGCUCUAAGUCAUGUUCGCAAAAUAGUUGAAAAACACUUUAGAGAUUUGGAAACUCAGAAGGGCGUGCAACGAAACCCAAUCCAGCUGUCACAGAAAGAGACCAGUACGUCCUCCUGA